GAUACCUUUUUCGGAUUCGGCAGUGUAAUGGCGUCGAUUCGAUCAGUGUGUUUUUGUGUGUUUGCAGGGUUUGCAGUCCAUCAACGACUUCAUGCUGUUUGUACUCCUUCCCACAUCUAUCGUGAUCUUCCAUAAUCUCUCCAAAUGUUUUCUUACAUUUACUCAAACAAUCUGGUAACCACAUUCUCGAGAGAAUUCGCUGUCGCUCUUGCCGUUCAGUUUGACAAGUUCCGUGAGUCCUUUCCUGCACGAUCCGUUCUCGAUCGCUCGUAGUUGUGAAGAGCUUUGCGACAAUAAACCAGGAAUGGAGUUAAAGUGAUUCCCCCAAGGCACCAACGAAUCGCUGCAUCAUGCCGAACCCGGAGAAGCUCGUAGUCGUGAACCGACACCGGUGCUCGCAGGAGGGGUCGGCGCCCGCCCACUCCUGGCCAACCGCGUUCUCGAUGAACGCGGCGAGGCACCCUUCGCGGCACGAAGACGACGAGACGCCCACACGUCCCCGAAUCCCGCCCCAAAACGUUGUCCUCCGCCUCCUGUAUCGCGAGGUCUACGCCGCCCGACAGAACGCGUCGCCACUACACGUCUCGCGACGCCUCCACCAGAACGUCUGUCCCAACUUCACGGUGGUGAACGUCGAGAAACCGCCGUGCUUCCUGCGAAAGUUCUCGCCCGACGGCAAGCACCUGGUGGCGUUCUCGUCGGACCAGACCUCCAUCGAGAUUUACUGGUACCGGGGUCCCAGCGCCGCCGCGCACCUCAUCGGGGGCCUCACCAGUGAACACAUGGGCAGCGGCGCGAGUCCCGAGUCGGGACAUGUUCGGAGCACCAUCUUCGGCGAGUUCUUCAGGCUGCGACACAUCGUGAACGUCUCGGGCAACGGCGGCGAGCAGUUGAACCGCGAGUGCAGCCUGUUCACGGACGACGGGCGACACGUUAUCGUGGGGUCCGCCGUGUACGUGCCGGAGGACCCCCACCCGUUCUUCUGGGACAUGCAUCGGAACAACGAGUCCGUGUCGCCCAACCCGCGGUCCCCGCUCGAGGACUACUCGCUCCACCUGGUGGACAUGGUGACGGGGACACUGAGGGACAAGCGCACCUUCAAGACGGACAAAAUCUUCCUGUCCCACAACCAGGGGCUGUAUCUGUACAGGGACACGCUGGCUGUGCUGUCGGUCCAGCAUCAGACGGUGCACAUCUUCAAGGUCACAAGGGACGGCCAGUUUGUGGACGUGCGGACGGUUGGGCGGUUCUGCUAUGAAGACGAUGAGCUGCUCGUGUCCUCGGCGCUGCUGAGCGAGGAGCGCCCUUCCUCCCGGCGUCGGCCCUACUGCGAAGCCACCCUUAAUUCGCUGAAGCACCGAUUAUUAACUCACUUGUACCGGCAGGCGACGGCGGAGGGCACGCCAACGGCGCUGCGGCAGUUCCACCGGCACUUUGAGCAGCUGUGCGACCUGCGGCUGUGGAAGAUGCAGCUGCUGGACGAGCGGCACCUGCUGCUGAAGUACGCCAGCGAGGAGGUGGUGUCCUUUCGGCUCUCGGACCCCAACUCGCAGCCCUCGCUGUUCGUGGUCUACAACGUGGAGAGCACCGAGGUGCUGGCCGUCUACGAGAACACCUCGGAGGAGCUGCUGCGCCUCUUCGAGGACUUCAGCGACCUGCUGCGCAACGCGGCCCUGCACGCCCAAGCCCAGAUGACCUGCUCGCCCUCCAACAACAUCCACGCCAGGCUCGUGCAGCAGAGGUUCAAGCAGACGAUAGUGAACGCCCGGUAUGGAGGCCAGACGGAGGCGGUGAAGCGUCUGCUGGCUCAGCUGCCGAUCAGCUCGCAGUCGUACAGCAGCAGCCCCUACCUGGACCUGGCCCUGUUCAGCUACGAUGACAAGUGGGUCUCCGUACUCGAGCGGCCCAAGGCGUGCGGAGACUACCCCAUACGGUUCUACGCCCGUGACUCCGGCCUGCUCAAGUUCAAGAUCUAUGCGGGGGUGCAGGGCCGGAACCCCCCGCCGGCCGCCCGGCGCCUGGUGGCGUUCACCUUCCACCCGUACGACCCGUUUGCCAUCAGCGUGCAGCGCACCAAUGCGGAGUACGUGGUCAACUUCCACAUCUACAACUCGGCAACGUGCAGCACGGCACCCGAACACUCGUCGCAACAUGCGUGAGGAUGCCGGCAACGGGCCACUCGAGGCGGAGAGGCUCGUACACUAUGGGGUGCUUACGAGCACCGUUUGGGCAUAAAAAAAUGUAAAUAUACGAGCAAGCUUUCCACGAGGGCGUCUUUAGGCGGUGCAUUUGUCAUUACUCAAACCUUACGAGUGUGAAUUUUUUUUAUCUUUAAUUCAAGCCUAAAAAGUUAUUUUUUUUCUUCUCUUUUUAUAAGGAGGAAAACUGUAAAAACCGUCUGGUUGUCGCUGCCGCUCAGAGAUGGUGCCACACUCACUCGGAUCUGCUGGAACUGCUUUCGAGCGUUCAACUUGAAGAAGCUUUCGCCUUUUUGUGUUACGUUGUGCCAUCUACGAGUGGCGGCGUCGACCAGACGGUUUGUACCGUUUUCCCCUCUCUUUGUAGAAAAAAAACAAGAUGUUUUAGCUUUAGCUUUUUUUUAAUCUAAAACCUACUACACUCAUGAAAUUCGAGCUUGAUGAAUGCACCACCUAAAAGACACCUUUGUGAAAAGUUUAAUCGCACUCAGUUAAAUGGUCUAGUUAUACGAAUUUGUUUACGCCCGAAUGGCAUUCGGACACAGCCUGUAGAUUGAGCAAGACAGCUCGUUUAAUGGAAGUUUGUCGGCAGUGUUUGAAACACCAUCUAGCGGCCGCGUGUAGUCUAAAGCCACGCACUUGCAUUUGGUUGCAACAUCGUGCGCGCUCGUGAUUUCUAACGACGAAAGAUCACAUGGUGGCGCCAUCUAUGAGGUAGCCCUAGAACUGCAUCUCACUAGGGUGAAGGUUUUGCAGAAUUUGCGAAGUCAAAUGUACAUACCGUCUAUGAGGAAUGGUCGUUGAUAACAUUGUCAAAAGUUGUUCAAGCCCGCUCUGUGAGAACGAUGCGCGAAAAAGAGAAAAGGGAAGUGUGCGGAAACCCAGUGUCUUCCACGUCUGCCCGACAGAUUGUGCCGGCGUACUCUCAUAAGAGAUCAAGAGAGUUUUCAACACGCUCAGUCAUAAGCAGUUGCAAAUGUGUGAACUGGCCUUAACGGUCCGACUUUGGUGCCGUAACGAAAUCUGGAACGAUCACCCGUAUUGUCAGGGUAGGUGACAUGACCACCUUUUCUGAUAAGGGGGACAACACUCUGGAAUGUGGCGUGCCACCGAAUUUGAAUCCGAAAACUGCCACUAGCUGGUGGUGCAUACCACUCGAGCAACAGCGCGCGACAGGCAUUUUUUUAAAAAUUUUAAUGGGCUCUGCGGGAGUUUUGUGGGGGCGGCACAUCUGCUUUUUGUUGCACAACGACUGCGCUCUUCCUCCGUUUGAUCACGGCACAAUUUUAGGUUUUGUACAGGAUGUUUCUGCCUCUUGUGUGUUUGUAUGUCACCUUGUUCCGAAGAUCUCAUAAGUGCGUUAAAUUUGUAGAAAUAAUGUUUAUUGAUCAUUGUCGAGAUGGGAAAACGUGCACCGUUCAUCGUGGUAAUGGUGCCUUCAGGGAGCGGAUGAAGGGUGUAAUGGUUGAUUGUGAUUGUAACUCGUUUAGAUUUGUAUAGCAGAGGUUGCCAAUGUGAGAUUGAUAGAGGGCCAUUUGUAAUUUUGCACCUGGUGUUUGCAACGACGUUUUGCAACAGGCAUGGAGCCUUGAAUUUGGUUUCUAACGUGUUUUCUUUUUAUGCUAGACUAAUCGUGGUGGAAUAUGGGUCCAGUUUAGAAAUGUUGUGGGAUAUAGUGACUACGGUUCAGGAAGUUUUGCACGCAUCAGUUCAGAGCAUUCAGGUGAAGACUUGGGAAUGCAUCCUACUGAUGAUUGUAAUAUACAAUACCAGUGAGUAGGCGUCACAAAGUAGUUGCACACAUGUUAGUCUAGCGGCAAGAUGAUUCAGUGACUGGUAACGUUUUAUCCCCGGCAUCAUUGUCGUUGUCAGUCUUAUAAGGUGUCACAAUCAAUGUUUGUUGGGUUCUGAGGAUGACGGAUUGAUCGCAGCGCGUUCUUCGAACAAAGUCCGACAAAAGGAGUUUGUUUCGGUGUGCCUACGAAGCGUGGCUGCACUAUGAUGCUUGUGAAGGCUUGGGAAGGAGAACCACUUGUGAGGGCGGGGUCCACAUUGUAUGCAAAUUUUGACUUGUAGAGGUGUUUGUUCUUUUGUUUAGUUUUAGAAUGUCAAAGUUGAAGUACCCCACCCUUGAAACAAAUUUAUCUUUAGUUUUGUAUGAAUAGAGUUUAGAAAAGACUAAGAAUGCUCAAAGUUUGAGCUAGCAGUGACCAGAUCGUUUCCAAGAGAGUCGUGUACAAACUGUAAAUAAGCGAUACAGAUUGCCGUCGUAAAGGUACAACUCUUUAAUAAAAUGGGGUGGGACAAGCAACUCAGCCAGCGUCUUUGUAUCACAAUCUCGUUGUUCCAGGCAGGCAGUGCUUAGGAUUGUGAUGCUGUCACAAGCAUCUAUUACAAUAGAGCCCAUUAUCAUAACUUUGCAUAUAGUAAAACUCUGUUUAUAGUAAAAGGAAACGUCGGUUCCGACUGAAUUCUCAUUUCCUCUAUGGCUCAAAAUUCUGAUAUAGUAAACAGUCAACACUCGGAAUACUGGUUUUAGUAAAACACGGCGGUGACAAUGAAGUGCUUUUUUCCCCGCUACAGCAUAAUUUCUCAGUGAGAUCAGUGUAGAUGGGCUCUUAGAAACUCUAAAGGCGUGCAUUAACUACCAAAGUGCUACAGGUUACAGUGCUAUGUCGUACAAUGACAGCUUUCUGAUUGGUGCUGCGGCCGCUCGUGUUUGCUGCCAUUCUCGAGGGCUCGCAAUCGUCUGCCAUAUCUAAAUAAAAGGCCUAACAAAACUGAGGAGGUGCUGCUUUUUUUGGGGUGUGUACAUCACGACUGAUGCGCAUCGUAAGUGAAAUACGCUCCUUUAAAAAGCAAGUAGCGAACAAAUGCAAAAGCAAAUUGCAGAUGAAUUCGGCAUUUUUGUUUCAGCAGUGUUGGCCUUGGUCACAGGAAGCAUAUUGAGAUAAUCACCGACGGAAAAAAUGGAAAUUGCGAAAUGUUCCGAAGCUCCAAAAACGAGAACGUUGACACAGCGCUGCUUGGAUGGUUUUGACACGCAUGCGCUGCAAACGUGCCAGUCAAUGGACCUGUUAGGAAAGAAAAAGACUUCGAGGCAUCAAACAAAUGGCCUGAACGUUUCAAGGCAGAAAACUAACUGCGUUAGUUUUCAUCGCAAGUCUGGCAAUAAAAGCGCCGUUUCCGACGCGUUGGUCAAAUAAUGAACCAAGCAAGUGCUGCCCAGAGGAAGAUCCUGAACCACCCCUCCAAAAUGUGAACUCUUGUUGACUUUGGAAAGUUGGGAGGGCUUAAAUGCAGCAGAUGCUGGUGGGCCACACUAUGCCCACAUGACAAGCCUCAGGAGCUCCCUUUAACUGAGUUCUUUACUGCAACGUAAGUGGUAUUUUUUUAGAGUUGUGUUUGUUUUUGGACUAAUGAACGUUUUAUUCAUUUUAAUUCCCUUUUUAUAGCUUCAACAGAAUUUUUAAGGUGCUCUUGAUAUAGAAAAACUCUUGAUAUAGUAAAAUUACGGUUUGGUCCCAACAGAUUUUGCUAUAAAGGGGUUCUGCUGUAUUAAGAAGGUAUUGAUAAACAUACCAUUACCAUUUCCACUUAGGUGCAUUUGCAAGGCACACAGGAGGUAAGUGAUUCAGAAAUUAGUUUUUGUAAGAUGGUAAUAGGAUGUGCGGGGACCAUAGGACUAUUCAAGCUUGGAAAAGCUCAAAACUCAAGCUUUGGGUUGUUGCGAUGUGUUGUAAUAUAUUUGGUAUGCAUCAGUUUGAACGGCACAUGACCGUGGACAAGAGAGUGAGUGCACCCAACACUGGCCAUUCCUCGACUGGCGGUAUUCGGGCGGAUAUAUGCAUUUCGAGCCGUAAAUUGUGUUCUGGGUAGUUGGGCUCUUGUCGGUCGCCUUCAAAUAAAAACAUCCGCGAGCAAGAUACCCUGUAAGCGUCCUUUUAAGAUGCUAGAAAACUCAGAAUUACAAUCAUGCUUGUCCUUUUUCCCAAUUAAAAUGUGACAAAACAUUAUAUGCCUGCCCCUUAUUCUGAGAAGUAUCUCAGAAAAAAGGUGCAAUGCAGUGUUUGGUUGGAGUUUCAAUAGGGAGAAAGGCCACGCAUGAUUGAAACAUGUGGGUUUUCAAGGGUGCUUGGGGCACAUAAAUUUUGUGUGCAACAUAAAGACAAUAUCAAAAUCCAAGUUACUGCAGCUCUAAAGCGGUUGUAGGCAACAUCCGGUGCAUUUUCUGUUACUUCAAUGCCACCUUUGCAAAAUGUAAAAAGAGGGAGUGAUUGCUAGCGUGUUUUUUCGAUAGAGAGAUAAUCGGAGUGUACUUUUUUGUAGCUGAGCUGUUCAUCAUGAAUGCAGAACACUUGGGAGAUAUCCAACAAACCCAAAAUUUUCCCAGUUUGCAGUCAAGGAACCCUUUUUUGAUCAGCCAUUUCUAAUCGGACCUAGAGCCACCAAAAUCAGCUGUGCUUCAGAGCAGCAACACCUCAGCCAUCUUGUGCUUAAAACUAUGCUUGCCAAUUAUACGCUUUAUUUAAAACUGUAGCAGACACUCUUCUGCCCUCCAGAGAUGAAAAAACAGUCCGCCAAGAGCAAAAUGAUAUCGGCUGAGCUUACAAAUAUCACAUCGGAAGUUCGGGAAUUCACAUUUUUGAAUUCCCAAACUUCCUGAUAUUUCAUAGUUCUUCUUAAUUCGAACAAAUUUCAAGAUUUUGGCUGUCCUGCUGUGUUUUUAACGUUUUUAUAAGGUGCCUAGUUCGAACGGCGUUCUCGUGUCAUUAAUACCUUUUGUUCUCACGGCCCCGUUGAGUGCGCCGCUUACCGAGCACCGAUGCACUGUGGAGAAGCAACACCCGUGGAGCUCGGUUCCGUGGGUGUUGCUUCUCUGCAGUGCACCGGUGAUAGGCAAGCGCGCUCAACGAGGCUAAUAGUCCACAAUAGAUAACUUCUUUUCUAGAUAAACUUGAUUUUGCUUCGAGGUGUCAUGCGCUGUUUAAACAGUCCACGAUAGACAAUAUUCUUGAGGGAGGAAUAAACUUAUCUCGUACAUUUCACCGAUGUUUUGUGUCUGGCAUACUUGCUUAUGAUUAGGGUUCCAAGUUUUCGGUAUUUAGUUUUCUUCAAAUUCAGGGGUUAUUUAUCGGUGUUUAUUUUUUUCUCCUUGAAUCGGCGUUCUUCGGUGUCUUAAUUUCAAUGCUGGAGAGAAAUUGAUGUUUAUCGGGCUUGUGUUGUAAAGCGAGUGUACUGGAAAAAAUAUGCCAUAAAUUAUAAUAUUUUCUCCAGUAAUGCUGGUAAAGGUAAGAGAACGGAACAGGGCAAGGAAUGUGGCUUCGAUCAAAAGAACAACCCCAAGGGCAGUUCAGUGCGACUGUGUUUCGGGUCAACAACAACAACAAAAAAAAAGUAGGGUAGAUGAUUUCUUUUUGUAAAGCUGGCAUUUUCUUUUUCUCUUCAAGGACAGCUUAAAAUUUGGGUUUUUCAAUUUUAUUUUAUGCAGAAAAAAACACCUUGCGGGUUAAUUUUCUGUGUUUAACUAUAUACAAUCUAAGCUCAUUAUAACAGACCUUGAUUUUGACCAAGAUUUCGGUCUGUUAUAAAAGAAGUAUGUUGUAUGUAGAUAUGAAGUUGAAUCAAUGGUGCAUAGAGGGAAACCAACUGAACUUCACAAAUUGGUAUGUUAUAUCCAAAUGUCUGUUGUAACCAGGUCUGUUGUAACGAGCUUAGGCUGUAUAUUGAAAACACAAAACCGUACUCGGGUGGUUUCAUUUGAAAUCUACACGCUUGUCAAAGUGGGUGUUUGGAUUUUUUCUCUUCAAUAUAUGUAAUUGCCCCGUAUCUGUAAAGAA